GGGUAUAUAAACCCGGUGAACUUUACAAUCAUUACGCAGAUUUCAUCUUCUUCUCCAACACAGAACAGCUCAACUCACUUACUCUCAGUCAACAUGAAGUCUGUAAUUGUUAACUUGACAUUGUUGAGCUUGUUGGUCGUCGUCACAAACGCCUGGUUCCUCGAUCUAGACAAGACUACCAAAUCACACAAAGGUUCAAAGUUGGCGGCCCAGGCAACACCGAAUGCCGGGCGAAAGGUGAUCCUGGUGGCCAAGAAGGUCUACGUCCCGAUGUACGCGUCUGACGACACGACUUCAGCUGUUGCCGAUCGUCUGUUGCCCAUCUCUCCAGCUGUGAUGACAAUGUCUGAAACUGAUGGACAACAACAACAGCAGCAGCCAGUGGUCGACUAUUCGUCUGUUGCUGCGAUGUACAUGGCACCUCCACCUGCCUCUUACGCCAUGUAUGCUCCGGCUGCUCCGGUUGCUUCCGCUCCGGUUGCUGCUGAUGCCAGUGUGCCCCAGUAUGCAGUUUAUCCGGCCGGAUAUGGAGCUGUAGAACCUCAGUACGUGCAGUUUGGUGUUGCUCCAUCCCAGGCUUUGAUGUACGGCAAUGGAGAUGCUGUUGCACCUGCACCUUAUUACCCAACUGAAGUUGACAAAGCUAUGAUUGCCGAAGGAUCUGUGGUGCCUAGUGAAGUGACAAAUGCUUGAACGAAUUGAUCGCGUGCAAUUUUAUUCUUAAUUCUAAUCUGACCUCGUUUUAAUUUUCGCCCAAAUGACAUCAUUGACAAUACUUUCUGUAAAUAUCUGGUACAAUAAAAAUCGCGAUUAUUUUAA